AUGGAAACUCGGUGUGAAUUCCAGAUUGGCUCAGCAACAGACUGUGGAAUCCUGCUGCGCGCGUCGUCCGACGCGCCGGACGACGUGGCCUACCGCCUCUACGCCUCGCGCGUGCUACGCGGCAUGGAGAACCAGCUGAGCUUCCACGUGAUGCGGCCGCUGGACUCGAGCGACGACAAGCAGGUGCCGAUUGGACCAGAGUAG